UCGAUCAGGCACUUCCUGCUCUGACGGAGCGGGUUCGGAGGAUUCUGGAGGAUUCUGGUGGAUUUGGGUUAGUUUAGGGUCCGGUUCUGGUCAGAUUCGGCCCAGAUUCUGGUCCGGUAACACUAAAACUCCCCCAGGAUCUGAACCAGCAGCUGAACCGGGACGGAACGGGCCGGAACCGGGUCGGCCCUGCAGAGUCCGGGAAUGUCGUCCUCUCCGGGCCGGAACCAGAACCAGAACCAGACCCCGGGGGGUCCGGGUCCGAACCCCCAGAACCCGAACCCCCACCUGUCCAUGUUCCGCUGGCUGGAGGUUCUGGAGAAAGAGUUCGAUAAGGCGUUUGUGGACGUGGAUCUGCUGCUGGGAGAGAUCGAUCCUGAUCAGGUGGACAUCACCUACGAGGGCCGUCAGAAAAUGACCAGUCUCAGUUCCUGCUUCGCCCAGCUGAGCCACAAAACCCAGACGGUGUUCCAGCAGAACCACAAGCUGGAGGCCCAGCUGGUGGACCUGCGGUCGGAGCUGACGGAGUCCAAGGCUGAGAAGACGGUGGUGGAGAAGGAGGUCCAUGAUCUGCUGCUGCAGCUGCAUCACCUGCAGCUGCAGAUCCACGCCAAGCAGGGGGAGGUGGACUCUGACGGGAUCAAGGACCGGCUGCCCAUUCCCUCUCUGGACCAGAUGGAGCAGGAGCUGGAGGCCAGUAAGAGGGAGAAGUUCUCCGAGGCCCGGCUGGACGCCGACCUGCGACUGUUCAGGAAGGAGAACGAGGCCCUCCGCAGGCACAUGGCGGUACUGCAGGCCGAGGUGUACGGAGCCCGGCUGGCGGCCAAGUACCUGGACAAGGAGCUGGCGGGCAGGGUCCAGCAGAUCCAGCUCCUGGGCCGGGACAUGAAGGGCCCGGCCCACGAUAAGCUGUGGAACCAGCUGGAGGCCGAGAUUCACCUGCACCGGCACAAGACGGUGAUCCGGGCCUGCCGGGGACGCAGCGGGGACAAGAAGACGCUGGCGGCUCCCGUAGGACACGAGCCGGACCUGCUGAAGAAAACCCAGGGCGUCGGUCCGAUCAGGAAGGUGUCGCUGGUGAAGGAGGACCAUGAAGGCCUGGGCAUCUCCAUCACGGGCGGGAAGGAGCACGGCGUUCCCAUCCUGAUCUCGGAGAUCCACCCGGGCCAGCCGGCCGACCGGUGUGGAGGUCUCCACGUGGGCGACGCCGUCCUGGCGGUGAACAGCAUCAACCUGAGGGACGCCAAGCACAAGGAGGCGGUGACCAUCCUGUCCCAGCAGCGGGGUCAGAUUGAGUUCGAGGUCGUCUACGUGGCCCCGGAGGUCGACAGCGAUGACGAGAACGUGGAGUACGAGGACGACAGCGGCCACCGGUACCGGCUGUACCUGGACGAGCUGGAGGACGGAGGGGCGGCGCCCCCUGCUGGUGGAUCAGCGGCACUGCAGGCUCUGGAGAAAAUGUCUCUAAACGGAGCGGAGAACGGGAAUCCAACCGUCGCCACGGAGACGCCGGAGGAGGCUCCGCCCCCUGGAGAGACCCAGCACUCGUAGAAGAAGAAGAGGGGGCGGGGCCAGAGAGAGGGAUUCUGGGUAAUGUUAGUGGGGGCGGGGCCAGAGAGAGGGAUUCUGGGUAAUGUUACUGGGGGCCGGUGAAGGUCAAAGGUCGAUGAUCCGGCUCUUUAACCGACAACUUCCUCCAACAAGAAUUAAAAAGCAGAAUAAACCUCAAAAUCUAACCAGGAAUAUUGGUCUUAUUUCUCGUUAAAAUGUCUCAUUUUUAGUCAAAAAAUCUCAUUACACUUAAAACAAGAGUCGUCACCAGAAAACUUAAAACCCAAAAUAAUUUAUUUGACAAUUUUCACCUGUUUCAAGUAAAUUUUCACUUGAAAUAAGUAGAAAAAUCUGCCAGUGGAACAAGAUUUAUCUUCUCAUUACAAGCAGAAAAAUCUUGUUCCACUGGCAGAUUUUUCUACUUAUUUCAAGUGAAAAUCUACUUGAAACAGGUGAAAAUUGUUGUUUUUUCCAGUGAUGAGUCUUGUUUUAAGUGGAAUGAGAUUUUUUGGACUAAAAAUGAGACAUUUUAACUAGAAAUAAGACAAAUAUUCUUGUUAAAAUUUUGAGUUUUUGCCUCCUAAAAGGUUCUUUUAUUCUGAUGUAAAUCUGUUAGUUUUUAUCUUCUGAUUUUAUUUCCUCACAAAUGAAACUCUUUUAAAGACGAAUGAAGAAGGUUCUGGUUCUGGUCCGGUUCUGGUCCAGUUCUGGUCCGGUUCCGGUCCGGUUGGCUCAUCAGAACUUUGUCUUUUAUUUUCUGCUUCGUGUCUGAAAAGCUUCAUUAGUCUUUAUUUAUUAUUUCUUCUUCAAUAAAGUUUGUUUCCACUUUG